UCGGUGCGGCUCGCCCGGCUGCUGCACGACCGGGCCACCCAGCUGCAGCGGGAGAUGUGCGAGAAGUUUACCGUCUGCGAGAACAGCAUGGAAAUGCUACUCCGGAACGACCUCAACCUCCCCAAAGUGACAGAGGAAGAUGGGUGUCUGCUUAACGGCUUCGAUGAGGAUAAAUGCUUGAGGAAGAUCUCCAGUGGGCUUUAUACAUUCCAGACAUACCUCGAAUACAUAAAAGAAACUUUUGCUAGUGAAAAGCAAAAUGUUGAAUCAUUGUGCUAUAGCACAGAGCACCUGGCACAUACCAUAAGACUGAUGGUGAUCAAUCCUGAUGAAGUGAUGAUCCCAGAUCCAGCUACCCGGGAAAUCCUCCGUGCAAAGCUGAGGUCCAGUAAGAGCUGGAUAGAGAAAAUAACCACCCACCUCAUCCUCAGGGACUUUACUUCAUUUAUGGAGAAAACCGUGCGGGCCGUUCGCUACCUGAAAAACACCAGGAGUUACAGUGCCUGAAUGUUUUAAUUCAGGCACCGUCCUUUGACACAAAUCUGUCGUGUGGCAGAUGACAGUGUUGUUCUGUUUUAAGAACCACAGUAACAAUGGUUUGCAUUUACAUACAGUCUCAUUUCCUUCUAGGAACCUAUUUAUUGUAUUUAAAGUAUUUAUUCAUUUCUGGCAUUUGCUAUUUAUA